AGGAGAGCCCGCCCCGGCUUCCUCUGGGUGGGGCACCAACAGAUUGGAGAACAAGUUCUUUGGCCACCAGGGAAGAGGCUCCAGAUGCCCGCUCACCCGAAGGGAGCCUGACGUUAGUAGGAGCCAUGAGAGGCCUCCAGCUGGUUUUGCUGGUUUUCCUGCUGUGCUGGGAGCGUGUCCUCAGCCUGCAGUGUUACAGCUGUUUGGAACUGGAGACCACGAGCCAGUGCCAACCCAUCCAAUGUCCCAUGUCCGGCGUCUGCUUCAACAGUGACAUGACCGUGACCUUGGGCAGUGGAAAGAAGGUAAAGUCCCAGCACAAGGGCUGCGCCCCCUCCUGCGAGGUGGCCACGAAGAUUAUGACGCAGGUCUCACAGAUGACCAGCCCUGAGAGCCUGAGCCAGGGGGUCCUGACUAAGUUCGAAGUGCAGGAGGUGACGUGCUGUGAAAAGGACCUCUGUAACGGGGUGGCCCGGAUGGCGCGCAGCUCCUGGGCCCUGGCGGGAGGGCUCCUGCUUAGCCUAGGACCCGCCUUCCUCCGGGCCCUGCCGUGAGCACCCCGCAGGCCGGCCGGCGUGCCGGAGUUCCUGCAGCCUGCGCGUUAAGCAAGCUCGCGGCCUCGCACACGCACGCGUACAUAUGCACCCACACACACAUAUUUGCACCCUGCACGCUCGCCCACACACAGGCUUUCCUGCCUGCCCACCUGGCCAGCCCCGGCGUCAGGCGCCCAGGGCCCUGCCGCACCAACAAGUCUGUCCCGUUUUGCAAACACCAUGGAUUGACCACCGACCCAAGAUGCAGAGGCCGCUAAGCCCCGGCUGGACGGGGGCCCCCAGGAAAGCGGAGCCCACAGCGCAGCCCGGGGCCCGCUAAUGGUGUGCCAGCCAAGACCGAAAGAGAAUAAACGCUUUCCACACCCCA